AAAGGGGCAGAGCGGCUCGCAGAGGUCGCACACCGCCAGCCUCCACGGCAGCGCCUUCCCGCGUGCUCCCGGAGCUGGUGGUGGGUCCUCCCUUCCCGUCCCACUCGUUUCCUCCCGCUUUCCCUGCCACAGAGGGCUCGGGGCUGGGAGGGAGAGAAAGGGACCCCCAGGGCUAGACAGCAGCUCGCCCGAGGCGGAGGCAGGCGCGGCGCCCCGGGGGAGGCGGCGGCGUCCAGCAGAUUCUCCCGGCAGUGGGAGGGCUCCGGGAGAGGAGCGGCUGGGGGAGCAUCUCCCAGUCGGGGCUGACUCCCGAGGAGCGAGGGAGGGACACAGAGAGAGGGAGAAAGUGCCGCCUCUCAGCUUUACAGGCGUCCCCAAAUUUUAAGGACUGGGGUGGGGAAAAAGAGAAGAGAGGACCUGAUCUGGGACCUCCCAGCCGGAGCGGUUGAAAAGGAGCCAAAGCAGGCGUCGGGGGGGGAGCGACAUCCCAAGGAGAGUCCCCGUCCUGCGCCGCCCGCAGCCGCUGCGUGCCCGCCGCCGCCGCCUCAGGAUGUGGGUGCCGCUGCUGCUGCUGCUGCCGGAGCUGCUCCCCGCCGUGCCGGCACAGAAGCUCUCCGCCCUCACGUUUUUGAGAGUGGACCAAGACAAAGACAGAGAAUGCAGUCUGGACUGUGCAGGUUCCCCUCAGAAAUCACUCUGUGCAUCUGAUGGAAGAACUUUUCUGUCCCGGUGUGAGUUUCAACGAGCAAAAUGCAAAGACCCUCAGCUGGAAAUAGCCUACCGAGGCAACUGCAAAGAUGUUUCCAGAUGCGUGGCUGAGAGGAAGUACACGCAAGAACAAGCACGCAAAGAAUUUCAGCAAGUGUUCAUCCCAGAAUGCAAUGAUGAUGGCACAUAUAGUCAGGUUCAGUGCCAUAGUUACACUGGGUACUGCUGGUGUGUCACUCCCAAUGGCCGUCCCAUCAGUGGUACUGCUGUGGCCCACAAAACUCCCCGCUGCCCAGGUUCAGUGAGUGAGAAGCUGCCACAACGAGAAGGAGCAGGCAAAACAGUCUCCUUGCAAAUCUUUUCCAUUCUGAAUUCAGAUGAUGCCUCAGCUCCUGCGCUGGAGACUCAGCCUCAGGGUGAUGAAGAAGAUAUAGCUUCUCGUUAUCCUACCUUAUGGACUGAGCAAGUAAAGAGUAGACAGAACAAAACCAAUAAAAGCUCAGCAUCGUCAUGUGACCAAGAGCUUCAGUCAGCCCUGGAGGAAGCAAAGCAGCCCCAGAAGGACAAUGUGUUCAUUCCAGAGUGUGCUCAGGGCGGCCUCUACAAACCAGUGCAGUGCCAUCCUUCCACGGGCUACUGCUGGUGUGUGCUGGUGGACACGGGACGUCCCAUCCCCGGUACCUCAACCAGGUAUGAACAACCUAAAUGUGACAAUGGUGCCAGAGCUCACCCAACAAAAACAAAGGAUUUGUACAAAGGGCGCCAGCUUCAAGGUUGUCCUGGGGCCAAGAAGAAUGAGUUCCUAACGAGUGUUUUGGAUGCAUUGUCCACAGAUAUGGUGCACGCAGUCUCUGAUCCAUCAUUGUCUUCCAGCCGUGUUUCUGAGCCUGAUCCAAAUCAUACCCUGGAAGAGAGAGUCGUUCAUUGGUAUUUUAAACAGCUCGAUAAAAAUUCCAGUGGUGAUAUCGGCAAGAAGGAAAUCAAGCCAUUUAAGAGAUUCCUAAGAAAGAAAUCAAAGCCCAAAAAAUGUGUGAAGAAGUUUGUGGAAUACUGUGAUGUGAACAACGAUAAGUCCUUGUCAGUUCAAGAAUUAAUGGGCUGCUUGGGAGUAACAAAAGAAGAAGGUAAAGCAGAAACAAAGAAACGCCAUACAGUCCCUAGAACCAACACUGAGAGCACUUCAUCCAGCAGGCAGCAAGUUUCGAAGAAGCAAGGAUGAACACCUUACUAAUCCAAGGCAGAUCUCUUUGACAUGUGGGAGAUUUCCUCACCAAAAGGCAAUAAAAACAACUGUAGUAUUUGCACUUUGUACUUAAAAAUGUAAAUUCACUUUGUAGAAAUGAAAUAUUUAAACAGACUUUUUUUUUUAUCUGUGAAAAAGUAAUGGCUAGUUUUGAAAAAUUAUCACAUACAAUGUAUGUGUAUUCUUUUGUUGUCUGAAAUAUGUUAAACAUGUUGGAGAUGUAAAAGUUUGCAUUUAAACAAUUUUUUUAAAAAAUAACUUUUUGGCAAGCAGUAGCACAGAAACCUGAUUCUAUGUAUUUUUGGUUUCAAUAGUAUGCCUUAUUUUUCUUAAUACUGUCAUUUAAGUAGAGUUAUGCUGUAGAAUCUACUGUAUUCUCAAUUUUGUCCAAGCAGUGUUGAAUGUUUCAGGUUUGCAGGACUGAGAGAAUUGUGUAAAUUCCUGUUUACUUGGUUUUGCAGUUUUUUACUGAACAGAUAUUUCAUUGGUGGCAAUAUUUUAUUUCAUUUUGUUUUUACUGUAAUUACUAGGCUUUCCAAAGAUCAUACAAUGAGAAUACAACCACUAAUGGAUUAAAAAAACAGUUAUUCUACUUGGGAUGCUUAUAGAACAGUGUAUCCUUUUAUCAAUUUUUGAAGUGCCUUUAUUAAUAAGUUUUAGUAGGAUUUUUCUCCUGUUUGCUUUCACUUGCAUUGUUAACACAGCAAACUAAAAAGGAGUAAGGUAGAUUGUAGUGUCACUCCAGUCUGGUACAGCCUGGGCCUUAAAAGCAUGUUUCCAUGGUCAGUGCAAAGCAGGAGCAGAGUUUGUAUGGGUCAGAAUUGUAAAUCUUUCUAUAGUGGCAGGGAAGGAUAAGCCUUUUUCCUCUGCACCUGGCUAUCCUUAUCAACCCCUUGGCUUUGCCUGGGGGCCCACUAGAGGAGGGGCUAUUCUCAUUGCCUCUGCCUGAAGCUUUUGUUUUGCUGACUAAAGAAACUUCUCAAAAGUUUUCAUAUUUUCUCCAUCAUUUUUCCCUCAAUGCUUUUUUUUCAUAUGUAUGUCUGAGGGGAAUAAGAACUUCUGGAUGUGAAUCUAAAGAAGGGGACCCAAAUGAAAAGAAGUUCUGCUCUUGAGCAAGUGUGAGUUACAAGCAGCUGGGUUGAUCGAUGCAGUGGUAGAAGGACGACUGGCAUCUAGAAGCUGACAUGAGAAGGCAGGAAUGUAGCAGCAAGCAGUGAUUUCAUUACAGUUUGUUUGAAUAAUGUGGAGGAUCUGACAUGUGACCAGCUAUUUAUAAUAGCACCCUGCUUGAGUUUGUGCCUUGAAAAGUUUUUUGGGAAUCAAAAGGUGUUGUUUCAAUUCCAGCAUAUUCUGAAUAGGAAACACUGUAUGCUAUGGAAUUGUAUCCCAGAAAUUGUGUACUUUAAGCUCUGGCAACAGGAGAAACCAAGGCAACUGUGUGUUAUCUUGUAUUUUUGUUUUAAAAAGUAUUUGUUAUUCUUUUAUAAUGUUAAACUUUGAAAUUAAACUUCUUUAUAGAUUAAAGAUUAGUAUGUUAUCAAA